AUGCGCUCGUACUGGAGCAUGGACGCGCUCUCCCGAUCUCCCAAAUACAGCUGGUCGAGCACCCUCUGGAACCUCCCCCCGCUGCGCGCCUGCACCGCGCUCACCCUCCUCAAGGUCAAGCUCAGCACCGCUACCGACGACGAGCCCGACGAUAGCACGCGCCGGCAGGCGGCGCGCUCGGCCCAGGCGUUCGACGCCAACGUCACGCUCGUGCGCUGCGCCCCGCCGAGCGUGCGCACCGUCGUGUUCAGGCUUGAGCACGUCGGCGCGGCGAGCGACGCGUUCUUCCCCACGCUGCGUGCGCUGCCGUGGGCUGAGCUCGAUGAUGCCCUCGCGGUGAUCUCGGGACUCGAGACGGUGAUGUGCGUUGCACGCCGCUCGGAGCUGUUGGCGCGCUCGGCGGAGUACGGGAGGACGUUGGAGGAGUUUUUGCCGCGUAUGAGAGGAGAAGGGAAACUGAGGAUCAUUGUGGGGGAUUCGAAGAAGGAGUGA